CUGAUAUUAGUUGCCAAAACGAAACCCCCCUUUAAUUUGCUUGUUGCUUUCUGUUUGUGGCUGCGCCUAACUGACGUAUGGUCAUUGGGCAGCUUUAUUUAAACGUCAAUUUUGACACCUUCGAAAGGUCAAUAAUGUCAAUAUUCAAUAUCAUUAAUCACUAACUAGAAUUUUUGUGCAACCCACUUGUCCUAUAAUGCAUAAAUUAUUUAUGAAAGGGAAAUCGAACCGAGCUAUUUGUAGUACAACAUAAAAUAUGUCUGAAGAUAUAACACCCUCCCUCAGCCAAUACUUUGGUUCGUCCGACGAUAAACAAGACCAAUUAGAUUUUACCCAGGAACUCACAGCGGCCUCUAAUAAGAUAAGCGACUUGAAACUCGAAGACAAUCAAAAAAGUGCUAACAAGAACGAGCCUGAGGUAUGUAGAAUUUUCGCCGAAACGCCUCCACAGCCUAAGGACCCCACUGCGGCCUUUUUCGACCUGAUAGGUAACAAUCACACAACUGGAGCUAACGGGAUCAUCUCGGAUUUGGGGAUAUCGGCCAGUAACGAUGAUGGGUACAGUGCUAGAGUGGCUGUGGGGACAGAGGCAGAUAGGAGGAGGGACGCUUGGAUACCUAAUGAAAAGACAAGACAGUGUUUGAUAGCUAACAUGACUGCCACCCCUGGCACUUAUUUUCCUGAUCGAGAUUUGCUCACCAUGCCAGGUGUUCUACUUGAAGAAGAGUUGGGUGACGCAGUGGGUGAAGCGGUGUCUAUGUGCCUUGGAGAGGCUGAAGCCGCGCAACGUCGGGUGUUAACCGCUAGUGACGUUACUCAAGAUGAGCGUGGGUUAAGGGAACUUGUACAGGCAGGUGCCUAUCACGCAGCUAUCAAUUUAACCGCUAGGUUGUUGACCAUAUACGGUCAAGGAAGGGGAAGAGCCGGCCAUCCCAGCAAGCAUUCACCGCAUUCGCUACAGCUCUGGUUUACCAGAAUAGCGUUGCUGGUCAAGACGAAGGCUUUUAAUAUCGCCAGUGCUGAGGCGGAACCUUUCGGACAGCUCGACAAACCAGAUCUGUUUUAUCAGUUCUAUCCCGAGAUGUACGGGGGCCGUCCCGGCUCCAUAGCCUCGUUCUCGUUUCGCCUCCUACUUGCUGAACUACCAAUGCACUGCAGCAAGCCGAAAGAGUCCCUAAUGAAACUGUUCAGCAUACUGGCGACCAUUCGGAAGAUGUUAGAGAAUUUAAAACAGGGACUCUGUGAAGACGGCAAUCCCAUGGAGAUAACCGAGUCGGACAGGGCAGAUUCCCUGCGACUGUGGAACGGUCGCGAAGCGAGGGUCAUGCAUUCCAUCAUCAACUGCGCGCUGGCGUUGAAGGACUACGAGUUGGCCAUGGAGCUGUUGGGACAGCUUUGCGAGAGGGAUGGCGCGCCGAGACAUGCUCUUCUUUCGGCUCUAGGCAGGCUACAUCUACAGCUAGGGGAUAUUGCGGGUGCGGAGGUUUGUUUUAAUGAAGCGGCGGAAGCGAAGGGCGGCGUUCCGGGUGUGCGAGAACUUGUGGACAGGGGACUCCUCUCGGUUGCUCAAAGUCAGUUCGAUGAGGCCUAUGGAUUGUUUCAGCAGGCCAGUACGUUGGAGCCGUCAAAUAUAAUGAUUUUAAACAAUAUGGGAGUUUGCCUGCUGUAUGGCGGCCAUCUAAAGGAAGCCAUAGCUGUACUGGAGUCGGCCAUCUCGUCUAAUCCCAUCCACGCUUUGCACGAAUCUUUACUAUUAAAUCUUUGUACACUAUACGACAUGGAGUCCUCAAAGGGACGUAUGAAGAAAUUUGCCCUGCUGAGGCAGAUCUCCAAGUAUCAGGCAGACGCACCCACCACGAUCCUUGAAAAGCUGUAUGGGUAACACUGCAAUUUGUUUCGUGUCGUGCACUGAAUUACUAUCAGUUUCGUUUAUUAUUUAUUCGGAAUUAUUUUCGGUAUUGUUUGAGAUGUUAUGGUGUGUCAAGCUCAACUUUGUUAUUGGUAAAAUUUGCUCAUUUGUUCAGUCUGCGAUGCCCCAAUAUUCUUAAGAGGUGGUACCUCGACAUUUAAAAGGUUUGAUUUAAUGUCUAUUAUUUAUUAUUCAUUGGCUGUUGUUGAAGGUUAGACAUAUGGGUAUCAAAAAAGUUGAUGUUUCCAAUAAUUGACAAUAAACGCCUACUAGUCAUUUGAACUACUUAAAGUGCAAUGCAGUUUUGGAUUAUAAAUUAGUAUAUUUUGAAAAAUUGCGUUUCAUAGUAACACCUCGCUUACCAUGCAGUUUUAAAAAGAUAAUUCCUUUCAUAAUAAUACAAAUUUAUGUCAAAUACUUGGAUUUGGGCACUAGUGCUAAUCCACUAUAUAUUAUUCGGAGUUCUUGUAUACCAUAAACAGUCUUGGAGAUAUUUGUGACUCCAAAUAAGAAGGUAUGUUUCUAUACUUUGAGGUGCCACAUUUUAAAUAAUAUUUGUAGUAGAGGACAACCCUACCCUUGUUACAUUUUUAUAAAAUUGAAAGUUUUAAACAUUAGGUCCACAGGAAUAUAGAUUCAGAUGCAUUUCUAAGAGGUAGAUUGCACCAGAUAUUUCAGAAGUUGUCUUAAGUUUUUUGUUCAAUUAAACCUUGUUCCACAAACUGUUUUUUCAUUAUAGUCAUUUUAAAAUCCCACUUAGAAUCUUUUGUACAAUUUUUGAAAUAUUUCACAAAUUGUGGAACCAACACCAAAAACAUUGACAAAUAAUUUCUAGUUGAGUAAUAGGACUAGUCGAAACGUAGUGUCUUUUAACGAUUGCCUAAUUUGAUAUUCCCUCAGCUUUGGAAGAGUUUCGGAAUUGAUGCAACGUUAUGAAAUGUAAUAAAGAAGUGCUAGUUUUGCGCGAGUUGCCAGAACGGUCAAUUAUUACACUACCCUCCUCUGUAAGCUAUCAUAUAUUCUUGUACGUUACUUUACCUGGAAAAUUCGACAACUUGUGCCGUGCUAGUUACUUAUACCGGAUAGUAUUAUAUGAUGCCGAAAGUUAUUGAAAGGUAGCAACCAACACACAAUUUUGUCAAGGUUUUUUUGUAUAUUUAUAUGUUACGCUCAUUUUAAUAGCAUUAUCUGGAUGUUUUAUAUUAUAUUUGUAAUGUGAGAGUGUUGUGUCUCACGUUCAUGCAACUGUGAUGUCUUUGUUAUCUGUAUCACCGAAUUUUAAUAAAAUGUACUGCAAGUUUGAA